UAACCAGUCCCAAUUGCUCUCUCUCUCCCACUCUAAACCCAAAACUCCAUAAGUCGACCGAGUCGACUUACUCAUUCAUUCUCUCUCUCUCGCUCUCUGUUAAUCACACAGAGAGAUCAGACAUGGAUCGCAAGACUUUGUUCUUCCUAGGCUUUGUCUGCAUUGUCUUCGCCGGUGUCGGGGGCCAAUCUCCCCCCGCCAACCCACCCACCACUAGCACUCCUGCUCCCCCUGCCACACCCACAACUCCACCAUCCAACAACCAGCCACCACCCUCUCCCCCCGCCAGCACUCCACCUCCCGCAUCCACCCCUCCUCCCACGUCAGCUCCUCCUCCCGUUGCCACAGCACCGCCCCCAGUUACCACGUCUCCGCCUCCAUCAACUCCUCCCCCUGUCUCAGCUCCCCCGCCGGCCACCCCACCUCCAGUCAACGCUCCUCCACCCGCAACUCCACCUCCAGCUACUCCUCCACCCGCUACUCCACCACCGGCCACACCACCACCAGCCACUCCGCCACCCGCCACUCCACCACCAGCAACACCACCACCGGCCCCUCUUGCGUCUCCGCCAGCUCAGGUACCAGCUCCAGCACCCACCGUGAAAUCUCCAGCUUUGGCGCCUUCUCCCCUCGCACUGGCCCCCGGCCCACCCGCACCUCCAGUCGGAGCUCCAGCGCCGGCCCUCGAUUCCGGCGCUCCGGGACCGUCAUCUUCAGUUGAUCAGAGUGGAGCAGAGAAGAUGUGGUCGAUGCAGAAGAUGGUAGGAAGCUUGGUGUUUGGGUGGGCUGUCCUCAGCUUGAUGCUUUAGAUGAGGAGACGAUCACUCUCUCUGCCCGCAGGCCUUCAAGUUAUAUUCUUUUUGUAUUUCAUCUCCUCUACCAUAUCUUAAUUUGGUUAUUUCUUCUUCUUCUGAUAUUAUUAAUAUGUUAGCCCAUGUUUGAAUGGGACUUGAUCACCACUUGUAUUUGAAUUUUGAGCUACAUAUACGCUACGAUUCUGUUGAAUUCUUUGGGACAUUUUUAGGGGAGCUUUGUAUCGAUGUCACUAUUGAGAGGGAACUUGUUUUAAUUUGUAUUGGACCUUAUAUAUAUACCUAUAUUCUUUUUUCAGUG